AUGGGAAAGAUUACGCAAAAGGUAUUCUCAUGUGUCCAAUUUGUGACUAUUUUUUGUCUGUCACCAUCAAUCCUCCGUGUCAUAAGGGAAUCCCGCAAAGUAGCGGGCAGGAUGCGUGAUCUACAAGAAGAGUUGCAUCGAGCUGAAAUUACAACCAAAAAUGCUGUGAUGAGAUUUGGUGAAAAUAUACCUAGUAUAUUGGAGGUUAUCAACGCUAACUCUCACAGGUUUGAGCAUCUACCAAGGGGCCCGAUCGGAAUGUAUAUGAAAUUACGUGAUCGAAAAUGGACGUUUGCGGUUGAAGAAGCGACGCGCCGUUUGUUGACUUCUUUUGUGUUCCAUUCGAAACGUGACCAUCAGGCUUCCGAGAGGUUAAUGAGAGCAAACCGUAUACCGGGAGCCUUGCCAAAUGCUAUUUUUACCAAGUUCACGACGCCCCCACAUGAUGUGAGGAAGAAUGAGCCGUCAUCGGAUUGGGACACUAUCCUCAGAGUUAUCGAAAUAAGCGAUAAUGUUGUUAGGAACGUUCUGAUUGAUAUGGCCUCCAUAGAAGCUACAGUGCUCUUGCAUUCUGAUCAGGAUGCUAGAAGAAUCAUGGACGGCAAUGGCUCUUGA